CACGACCAUAUGGGGGCAACAGUCGGCGCUUCGCUCUCAGUCCAUGAACAGUGUUGCGGUUAUCACUAACCUGUCUCCCGUGAACAGCUUUCGGCUUUUCCCUAAUUUGUGCUUUAUUUAAUUAUAUUAUCAAAUAAACCUGACCGCCAAGAUGGAUAUGGAUCACAAUCACGGAUCUGACGAUUCCACUAGCACAGCCAAGUCCUGUCCCAUGAUCAUGGUGUUUCAUGCCGGACACUGCGAACGUAUUUUAUGGCGCGGCUGGGUGGCAUCGACGGUUACAGAGUUCGUUCUCUCAGCCAUUUUUUGGUUUUUGGUAUCCUUUCUAUACGAGGCGCUGAAGUUCCUCCGCCAGCAUCUGGCGCGUAGAGUCGCCCGCAAGGAGCGCUUGGCCGAGGAGCAGCGGCGAAAGAACGACAAUCCGAGUGGAUGCACAGGCUGUUCGGACACCCCCCUGGCCGAGACCAGGGAGAAGACCUACUGGCAGCGCUUGCUGGACUCGACGCACAUUAUCCAGUCGCUGCUGAAUCUGCUGCAGAUAGUGGUAUCCUACCUGCUCAUGCUGAUAUUCAUGACCUUCAACUACUGGCUUUGCCUCGCCGUGGUUCUGGGCCUGGGCUUUGGCUACUUCUUCUUUGGCUGGAACAAGAAGACACCCGACGAGAGCGAGUGUUGUCCUUAGGCGGAAGGACUUAGCUGUAGCCGGGAUAGAUGAUGGAAGGAUUGAAUUGGAUUGGAUCUUUAAUGUGUAGGCCGUCUAACCUGGGAAUUGUAAUGACCAAUAUCGGUGUGUGGAUGCACUGUCUGUAUAAAAACACAAGCCCGGCGGUUUGAUAUAACUAUUUUUUAUUAGCUGCACGUCUGUUUCGUACGAUCGCCGCUGUAUGCUAUUCUAAAUACUAAUUGAAUGCCUUACUAAUUAUUACCUUGCUACAAAUGUAUUGUUGAAUAUUGGAGCCUCAUCCACAUUAGGUUUAGACACACCCGUCCCCAAGGCAUUGCCGCAAAGUAAUUACAGAUUUUGUCUAAAAAUACAAUUUUAUUCGAUAGUUACA